CCACCCACCAUGCUGAGCCUCCUGAUCCCCGUUCUGCUGGCGGCUGGCGCCUCCGGGUGCGGACAGCCUGUCUACUCGCCCAAUGCCAGGGUGGUCAACGGAGAGGAUGCCGUCCCUCACAGCUGGCCCUGGCAGAUCUCCCUCCAGUACGAGAAAGACGGGGAGUUCCGCCACACUUGCGGGGGGUCCCUCAUCGCCCCCCAAUGGGUCAUGACUGCCGCCCACUGCAUCUCCAAAUUCCGCAAGUAUAAGGUUGUCCUGGGCGAAUACGACAUGAGCAAGGAGGACGGGACUGAGCAACACAUCCCCAUCAACAAAGGCGACCUUUUUGUUCACCCGCGAUGGAUUUUCUUCUGCGCAGCCUGCGGCAACGACAUUGCGCUCGUGAAGCUGUCUCGGCCUGCGGAGCUGAAUGAGAAUGUCGAGCUGGCUUGCCUUCCUCCAGCCGGAGAGAUCCUGCCCAACGAGUAUCCCUGCUAUAUCAGCGGAUGGGGACGGCUCUACACCAAUGGCCCACUUCCGGAUAAACUGCAACAAGCCAUCCUCCCUGUCGUGGACAACGAGCAUUGCAACCAGAAAGACUGGUGGGGAGGCGUCAUCCAACAGAACAUGAUUUGCGCCGGAGGAGACAUCCGGGCCGGGUGCAACGGCGACUCUGGCGGUCCCUUGAACUGCCAGGCCACCGACGGCAGGUGGUACGUCCACGGCAUCACCAGCUUUGUCUCUGCCUUCGGCUGCAAUACUUUGAAGAAGCCCACCGUCUUCACCCGGGUCUCCGAUUUCGAUGCCUGGAUCCAGGAGACAAUUGCUAAGAAUUAGCAACAGCCCGGACACCUUCCGGAGGGAUGCCCAUUCCAAAAUAAAUGCUGAAAAAUAUAGAAAAA